UGUGAAACGCCUGAUUUAAGAGGAAGCAGGGUCCGUUUCCAGAAUCACAGAAGGAGCCCGUCAUCGGGGGAGAGUAAACAAUAGGGUAUUUCACAAGAGCAAGGGAACCGCCAUCUCACUUUGUCGUGUGCGCCUCAAGUUUCAUGCCAGCAUCAGACCUGACGAUGCUUUUCUUUGCUGUUAUUCUGGUAGCCGUUCAAAUAAUGGGUGUAAAACAAUUGGCCGCAGAAGAACAGCCCUCACAGCCCAUCCUGUCUACCAGGCCCUCGCCAGACUCUGCAACACCAGGGGACACCGUUCAAUUCACCUGCAAAGCUCCCGCACAGACACAACGUGUAAUGCAAUUUCGUUUAUACAAAGACGGGAAGGUGAAGCAUAGUGUAGACAGCAAAGAAAAACAACUCGUUUUCACCAUCAAACAAAUCAACAUGUCAGAUGAAGGGACUUACCAUUGCCUGUACGAGGUUGAAGGAUCCAUACUGUCUGAAUCCAGUGCCAAGGUGGACAUCAUCCUGAAAGCUUCUCAUGUCCCGCUAGCAGCUGGCAUAGCCUCUGCUGGAGUAAUACUCCUCCUCCUCCUUAUUGGAAUGGCGUGGCUGUGCCUGCUGAAGAAAGUUAAAGCAAGCAGACAAGAUGGCAGGUCCGACUCUGGAGGACAACAAUAUAGAACCAACAGUAUCCCAAUGUAUGACACACAGGACCGUCCCUCUCCCACCACAGAGGGAAUCGAAUACUUUAAUGCCAGAUGCUGACGGUGGUAUGACUUAUGCGAUCGUCGGUUCGCACAGUGUGAUCGCACAGCCAGGCCAAACAGCACCCCAGUAUGAACCUACUCUACUCUGAACGUCGCUGUGACAGAUUAGUCUGAGCGUCGUGGCUCAGUGACAUCAUGAACACUGAAGCCAGCUUAAGCAUUUUACAAACACCAUCCCACACCUUACAAUAUUUAAGGCUUAAAUACCCUCCAGUGUCGCUGUGUUUUUUUUCUCCCUAUGAGCUAAGGACAGAGGUGUAUACCUAUAACGACCACAUUGAAACGGUGAGGCACUGUCCGUGUGUGACUGUCUGGAAUGGUGGAUGCCACCAUAUUCCACUUGUUGAUCCCAAAUCUUUUCAUAAAGGUCAAAACAAAACAAGCACAAGUGACGUUUGCAUAUACCUGUGUGUCAGGGUGGGAUCAGUGGCCUCUACGAGGGACAAAGAGAGAAUUUGAGACGGGGGGAGGGGGGGGGGGAAGACCAGAGACUUACAUAGGAACAUAAGAAAUGCUCGACGAACAAAAAAGGCCGAGUGACUGCGGAUACUUUUAACAAAUGUGGAAACAAAGACAACAACUCGCGCUUAUGUAGCGCC